AUGUUAUUUGAGCGGGGGCCGCGGGCCUCGGCGAUCGCAGAGCAGAGGAUGCAGAAAGCCGCCUACUACGACAACGCGGGGCUCUUCGGGGGCUACACCUACAGCAAGGCCGACGCCUACCCCUACGGCGCGGCCCACCAGCCCUACGGCCAGGCCGGCCUGGACGGCGAGUACCCCGGCUCCGCCUGCUCCGUCCAGGGCUCGGCGCCCGGCCGCGCUCCGGCCCACAAGGGCAGCGAGCUGAGCGGGAGCUGCAUGCGGCCGGGCGGGGGCGGCCCUGGGGGCAGCCAGCCCCCGGGGAUCGGCGAGCAUCAGCCCCCGGCCCUGCCGCCCUCCUCGCCGCCCAACCCCCCUCCCAGUGUGCCCCCUCCGAAGAAAGCCAAGGGGGGCCCCAACUCCUCGGGCUCGGCCAGCGCCACCCUCAGCAAGCAGAUAUUUCCUUGGAUGAAGGAGUCCCGGCAGAACUCCAAGCAGAAAAGCACCUGCGCCCCCCCAGGAGAGAGCUGUGAGGACAAGAGCCCCCCCGGGCCGGCCUCCAAGAGGGUGCGAACAGCCUACACGAGCGCGCAGCUGGUGGAGCUGGAGAAGGAGUUUCACUUCAAUCGCUACCUGUGCCGGCCGCGCCGCGUGGAGAUGGCCAACCUCCUGAACCUGACCGAGCGGCAGAUCAAGAUCUGGUUCCAGAACCGCCGGAUGAAGUACAAAAAGGACCAAAAAGCCAAAGGCAUCAUGCACUCCCCCGUCGGACAGUCCCCGGACCGCAGCCCCCCUCUAAGCGGCCCAAACCACGUCGGCUACUCCAGCCAGCUCACCGGCGUCAACAGCCUCAGCUACGACGCGCCCUCGCCCACCUCGUUCGCCAAGUCCCAGCAGAGCAUGUACGGGCUGGCCGCCUACACGGCGCCGCUCAGCAGCUGCCUGCCGCAGCAGAAGCGCUACGCGGGCGCGGAGUACGACCCCCACCCCAUGCAGAGCGGCGGCGGCGGCUUCGCCAACCCCAGCCUGCAGGGCAGCCCCGUCUACGUGGGGGGCAACUUCGUGGACUCCAUGCCGGCCUCGGGCCCCAUGUUCAACCUGGGGCACCUGCAGCACCCCUCCUCCGCCAGCGUGGACUACAGCUGCGCCGCCCAGAUCCCCGGCGGCCACCACCACGGACCUUGCGACCCCCACCCUACCUACACGGACCUUUCCUCUCACCACACCUCUCAGGGACGGAUGCAGGAGGCGCCCAAGCUCACGCAUCUGUAG